CCCUGCACACACGCCACCACCUGGUCCUAGCGCUCGGCCCUGUGCUCUCUGCGCCAAUGGCUGCAGCCGGCCAGUGGGAAUUGCCGCCCAAUCCCAGCCAAUGGAAUUCCAGCGAUACCUCGUUAAAUCAACCGAGCAGCCGCUCCUCCCCCUGUCUUCUUCCCCAGCCGGCGUUCUUCCUUCCUGGCGUUUUCCUCCUCUCUGAUUCGCGCAGGAGCAAGGGAGCUCCCAUGGCUACCUCCCUGGCGCCCUCUCCACCCAGCACGCAGAAGCUUCCAGGGAGCCGUCGCUCGCCUCUACAGCUCCCUCCGGCGUCGGCUCUCCAACAGGCUUCCCUGCCUUCCUCUCUUUCGAGCCCCCCUGGUUUUCGUCUGUAAGCUUGCCGGCAGCCAUCUUCCCCAAGUGCUGGCGUAUGGGAGCCAUGUCCCCUCUGUCCAGAAAAUGCAGAGCUCGAGCACACCUCUCUACUCCCAUCCAUGGUGCCCCAAAUCUCCAGCCGGAGCUCCGAAGGCCGCCUCCCUGGUGCACCUCGCCAGUAGCAGGGAUCCUUUCCCUCUCCCAUGGCGCGCAAGCCGCGAGCUCCCCCACGUGCGUUCCCUUCCCCAGGCGCAGGCGUAGAAAGCUCUCAUCCACGCAGUCCAGCUCCAGGCCAGAUCCAAUUCGCCCAACCCCUGCUCGCCCAGAGCUCCUUCGCUCCAAAUCCGGCCAUCCCCGCCUGGCCGUGGAGUUCCUCGAGCAGCCCCACCUGGCCGCCAUCCUCCCCAGCGCUCUCGCCUGCUCGACAGAAUGCCACAGCGUGAAGCAGCCAUGGAUCCUCCCUGUGUCGCGCCCUCGGCGUGCGACGUAUUGCAGCAGCAGCGAUGCCCUUCGCUGCGACGCGCUCGCCAGGUCGGUCCACUCGCCGUCGAUCUGCGCAGCCCCUGCACGUCGUCGUCGAAACCCGCGCCCUCCGUCGAUGUCACGCCUCGUGCUAUGCCUAUGCAACGCAAUGCUAGCCGGUGGACAACACAUGCGACUCACUGAUCCGGCCAGGUUGCUUUUGUUUCAUUUACGAUUUAGUCGAUGACGUGAAUAUGUGCGUGAAAAUAUAAUUGUAUGAAUGGACGCGAGUAGAAAGAAAAUGAAGUAGAAAAGAACUCGGAUGUUUUUAUAUUUUUAUUUUGAUUGGAAAAUAUGUGAUGCGUUGUUUAAUACGAAAACUAAGUUACAAAAUGUGGAUUAUGUUUUGGGAAAUGCAUCGAUAUGUGUUUAUGUGAAAA